CCUAUGGAGACUUUAACAGUAUUUAUACUUUCAGUACUUGCCAUGCCAAUAGCUUCGUUUACGAAUCUACACGAAUUUGUCGAAAGGGCCAGCCUUAUGGAAUACCAAAAUCCUUGGAAGUUCAUUCAAAACCAAUCUAACGCUUAUCUUUCCCGUGUGUCCAUACCUGCCGGAAAAAGUGAACACUACGAUAGAAAGAAGCUUCCCUGUGUACGCUCCCGCUAUUUGAAUGGAAAUGAAACAACACAGAGGGUUAACCGAACCCUCGAUGUUUAUAAUUCAACGACAAGAAGCCCUUUUCGUAACGAUACCACAAAUAUUUCUCUGACUGUAAAGCAAGAAGAAAGAUACUUAACGCUUCUUAAUGUUAACGUAGAAGAGCGCACGCCCAACAUGAGCAUCCCUGAAAUGAAUAUUACACUGUCCUACAAAACUUACACGCUUAUGGUACUGUAUAGCGACUCUAUGUGUCUUAUUCUCGCCGAAACACUUCGAACAGCAUCUGUCGGUCGCCCUUGGCUCCGGUGCGGAUUGUGGGUUUUAGAACAUCGCAUACGGAAAGCCACCAAAGUGUUGCCUGUUCAUUUUCGAACUUCUGUGCGUCUAUCGCGAUCAUGAGGAUCAAAUUUUUCCGGCCAUCAUGCAUUCGUAACGAAACUACAACGAAUCAUUCACAUCAAGGU